AUGCAAGCAAACCUUAAGCAGCACAUGAGCAUUCACACGGAAGAGAAGCCGUUCAUCUGCCCUCAGUGUGGAAAGAGUUUCAUAUUUAAACAAAGCCUUGAGAGACACAUCAGAAUUCACACUGGGGAGAAGCCUUUUACCUGCUCCGAGUGUGGGAUAAGCUUCAUAGAGAAACAAAAGCUUAACAUUCAUAUGAGAAUUCACACUGGGGAGAAACCAUUCACUUGUUCUGAUUGUGGAAAGAGUUUUACAGUGAACAGGAGCCUUAAGAGACACGUGAGAAUUCACACUGUAGAGAAACCAUUCACCUGCACCCAAUGUGGAAAGAGCUUCACGGAAAAAGGACACCUUGAAAGUCACAUGGGAAUUCACACUGGAGAGAAGCCUUUCACCUGCUCUGAGUGUGGAAGGAGUUUCACAGUGAACAGAAACCUUAAGAGACACAUGAGCAUUCACAUGGAAGAGAAGCCUUUCACCUGCCCUCAGUGUGGAAAGAGCUUCACAGAACAAGAGCACCUUAAAAGUCACAUAACCAUUCACACUGGACAGAAAUCUUUCACCUGCUCCGAGUGUGGAAAGAGUUUCCCAGUGAAACAAGGCCUUAAGAGACACGUGAGAAUUCACAUUGGAGAGAAGAAUUUCACAUGCUCUGAGUGUGGAAAAAGUUUCAUGCAGCAAGGACACCUUCAAAACCACAUGAGAAUUCACACUGGAGAGAAGCCUUUCAUCUGCUCUGCGUGUGGAAAGAGGUUCACAAUGAACAUUACCCUUGAGAGGCACAUGAAAAUUCACACUGGAGAGAAACCUUUUGCCUGCCCUUAUUGUAUGAUGAGUUUCACAGUGAAACAAGGCCUUGAGAGACACACGAGAAUUCACACUGGAGAGAAACCUUACAUCUGCUCUGAAUGUGGAAGGAGUUUCACAGUGAAACAAAGCCUUAAAAGUCACAUGAGAAUUCACACCGGAGAGAGACCUUCUGACAGAGUGGAGAAAUCUCCUCUACCACCACCUGUGUGCAGCAUCCAUCCAAAUGAUGCAAAGUCAGUCGAAGCGUACCAGGACACCCACCAGCUAUUGGAGGAGCGUGAUUAGUCAAUCUAUUUAAAUGACUGGAAUGGCCAGGACUGAUAAGAGACCAGUAGAUGCCAAUAAACACAUGGUAAAUAGAAGAAUUUGAUACAAUGAAAGUGUUGUAACCGAAGCCAUCACUGCAAUUUAGUAAUUUGUGAUUUUUUUCCCCCUGUAUAUUUAUUUCUAUUUUUGUAUAUUUACU